AUACCAUUUGUCUCUCCGCCAAACGAGGCCGACCCGUGUGUUUUUCCGUCUCUUCUUGGUCACUGGAGUUCCACUUGCGCAUCAUAUCUUCAAUGGCUUCUUUACCCAAUAUGGUUUCGGUAUCGCCCAGAACUUUGUCACGCACCAGGACCCCUAAUGUCCAAGCACGACCAUUUCUCGCCCCACGUUCCUUCUCAUUCACAACGAGAAGAUUACAGAUUAGAGCAGCAGAAACUGAGACAAACGAAGUUAAAUCUCAAGCACCAGAUAAGGCGCAGGCUAAAAAUGGCUCGAGCUUCAAUCAACUUCUUGGUAUUAAAGGAGCUUCACAAGAAACAAAUAAAUGGAAGAUUCGUCUUCAACUAACAAAGCCUGUUACUUGGCCUCCAUUGGUUUGGGGUGUGGUUUGUGGUGCUGCUGCUUCUGGAAAUUUCCACUGGAAUUUUGAGGAUAUUGCCAAAUCAGUUGUGUGCAUGAUGAUGUCUGGACCCUUCCUUACAGGAUAUACACAGACUCUGAAUGAUUGGUAUGAUCGAGAAAUUGAUGCAAUCAAUGAACCUUAUCGACCAAUUCCUUCAGGGGCAAUAUCUGAGAAUGAGGUUAUCACACAAAUAUGGGUGCUGUUAUUAGGAGGCCUUAGCUUGGCUGGCUUGUUGGACAUAUGGGCAGGGCAUGAUUUCCCUGUAGUUUUUUACCUUGCUCUUGGUGGAUCAUUGCUGUCAUAUGUAUACUCUGCUCCUCCUUUGAAGCUAAAGCAAAAUGGAUGGAUUGGAAACUUUGCUCUUGGAGCAAGUUACAUCAGUUUACCAUGGUGGGCUGGUCAGGCUUUGUUUGGAACUCUUACACCUGAUAUCGUUGUUCUCACGCUGCUAUACAGCAUAGCUGGAUUGGGAAUUGCCAUUGUCAACGACUUCAAAAGUGUUGAAGGGGAUAGAGCUCUAGGACUUCAGUCGCUUCCAGUUGCAUUUGGUCCUGAAGCUGCUAAAUGGAUAUGUGUUGGUGCCAUUGACAUUACGCAGAUAUCUGUUGCCGGAUAUCUUCUUGGAGCAGGUAAACCAUACUACGCAUUGGCUUUACUUGCCUUGAUAGCUCCGCAGGUCAUUUUUCAGUUUCAGUACUUCCUCAAAGACCCUGUAAAGUAUGAUGUUAAAUAUCAGGCUAGCGCACAGCCAUUCCUUGUCCUUGGUCUCCUGGUUACUGCUCUAGCAACCAGCCAUUAGUCUUGUGUGAAUCAACAUGCAGGAUAGCCUAAAAGGUGCGUAUGGAGAAAAUAAACACGAGUGCGAAGUGAAGCAUACACUGAGAAGAAGGUAAUUCACAAAUAGUAGAUUGGAUUUACCAGCCUGCUAGAGUAAGUCUGAUCAAGGCUCCCCCGAGAACUGUACUGUUUCAUUCCUUAUUCAGUAGUUUUGGAAAUUUCGGCUGCUGGUAGUUCAGGUUGAGAAUGUUUAUAUAGAGCUGUAGACAAAAGAUCCACUGGAUAUAAAUGCUGUCGGUUGCAACUUGUAAUAUAUGCACGCAUCCUUCUAUAACGUGAUUCGUACCAAAAUUUUGUCGUAGGCAGUCAAAAUCGCGUGGAGUGGUUACAUCCAAUUCGAUUGACGAAUCUUAAAAUGGGUCUGUACAAUCAUUAAGGGGAUCUCGCUUGUAUCAUCAUCUUGAAUAUCCACGGAGAUUUAAAGCUUUUUAC